AAUACAUCACUAAACGCAUCGAUUUACGAGCAGGAACUAACGAUUUAGUCAGUAUUAGUGCACAGAACGCCCUUAUUUCGUGACCAAACAGGGAAACGAAAGUCCAUAACCAGUUUAAACCUCGCUUUUUAUUACUGUGUCUAUCGCGUUUCAAUGGCAGCCGACGAAAGCGUUUUUCUGAGGGCGAAGGACCGGAGUUAUAAGGGGCUUACAGAAGAUGAACAGAAGGAAUGGAGCGGGCCCUUUUAUUUCAUCCAGGCUGCAGACCCACAGCUUGGCCUGAUGAAGGCAUGGAGGAUUGGUGAUUGUGAUUCAGGAGGCGAUGAGUGGGAUGAAGAGGUCCAGCUCACAAAGCAGGCAGUGCAGGCCAUCAACAAACUCCAGCCCAAACCUCGCUUCAUAGUGCUGUGUGGAGAUCUGGUCCAUGCUAUGCCAGGAAGUCCGUUCAGAGAACAGCAGAUAAAGGACCUGAAAGAUGCCCUGCGAGGCACCGACCCGCACAUUCCUCUUGUGUUCGUCAGCGGAAACCACGACCUCGGCAAUGCUCCCACUCCAGACACUGUGGAGCAGUUCUGCCACGAAUGGGGCGAUGAUUACUUCAGUUUUUGGGUGGGUGGCGUGCUGUGCCUGGUGUUGAACUCUCAGUUCUUUUUUGACUCAUCAGGCUGUCCUGAGUUAAUGGAGGCCCAUGAGGUCUGGCUGGAGAACCGGUUACAGAUGGCAGUUCAGACCCCGUCUCGACAUGUGCUUGUCUUCCAGCACAUUCCACUCUUCCUUCGCACCCCUGAUGAAGAAGACGACUAUUUCAACCUGCAGAGGGGGAUCAGAGAGCACUUGAUCCAGAGAUUCAAACGGGCAGGGGUGAAAGCUGUGUUUUCCGGCCACUACCACAGGAAUGCAGGAGGAUGCCAUGAUGGACUGGAUAUGGUGGUGAGCUCAGCAGUUGGUUGUCAGUUAGGAGAUGACACUCAUGGUGUUCGAGUGGUGGUAGUCACUGAAAACAACAUCAUCCAUCGCUACCAUAGUCUUGACCAGUUAUCUAAAAGAGGAAUGGAUGAAGACCUGAAGAAAUUGCUGCUUUAAAUUUACGCCAGUAAUCAAAUGGCUGUAUCUCCAUACUCAACAGAAAAGCGAGACAUUAUUUGUACAUUUAAAACAUUCAGGUGUUUUUUUUUUUUAUACAAGAUUUGCGUUCGGAAUACAUUAGCAAGCAUUAAAAUCUCAAACCAGUUUGAUCUUUGAUACUCGCGUCAUCUGUCUCCACACUUUAAUCAUGCAAAUGUCUCUGAGAAUUCCUUAAACACUGGAGUUAAAUCACCUCAUCAUAGUAAUGGAGUGAGGAGAUGCUAGGGUACAAUGGUAGUUUAAUAGCGCUGAACAUUUUGGAUGACAGUUUGAUGAGUUCACUCCUUGCUCCUCUCUGCUCAUUACUCUUUUCCGUCUCGGAGAGGAGGAAAGAGGCAAUCUCCAUGGCAACGAUUGAAAGACGUGGCAGCGGUGACCGGGACAUCGAGUCACUUGUUCUGUGGGUGGAUCACCAAAAACAUAAUUGCUGACCUCACCUCACACUUGGACUCAGAAGCGUCGAAAGUAGCUGAAAUGUUUGACUGAUAAUCUUAGGCUGCGUCGAUGGAGAAAGUAAGGCCUUUUUUUUGUUUGUUUGAAUUCUGCCCGUGACCUCAUAACUUUCCUUAGCAGUGUCAUGUUAAAAUGAAACAAGAUGUUUUCCAGUUUUCUCAGGAUAUAGUCAUGUAAUAUUGAUGUGUAAUGUCUAAUGCUGUGAUCAUACUAGAAGGGGUUCAAAAGUUUAAAGUUUUGUCAUGAAUUAUGCAGUUGACAUUCAGUUUCAGCGGAAAGUUAAAUGAAAAGUGAUGACAUGAUUUUGGGAAUGUCUUCGAAUUUGAUUUAUGCUGUUUAAUGAUGGUGCUGCGUGAACAUCUGACUAUCUGUGCAGAGGAGUUCCUAUGAUUAGCUUUGCUAAUUUACGGUGACAUUUUAUAAUAUUCAUAACAUGAACUGUAAUUUAUUAA